ACCCCGGAAAUGAACGCCGUACACUUCCGGUGCCGAGAGAAGGAAAACGGUCGAAAUGCCGCCAAGACGACGUCAAACUGCCUUUUAAUAAUUCCCUUCGUACUCUUUCGGACGGUCUUUGUUUUCGUACCUAAGUGGGCCAUGCUAACAACCAACUGCUGCCAUGUCGUUGUCCUCCUGGUCGUGUUCUCGCGUGUCCCGGCGUCCGUGUCAGCCUGUGGACAAAAAGCGGAGACUCCCGACUGGCGAAUGACUCUUAAAACUAUCCGUAAUGGCAUCCAUAAAAUAGACACGUAUCUUAAUGCGGCGCUCGACUUAUUUGGCGGCGACGACGGCUUGUGUCAUUACCGUUGUAGCGACGGUUACAAGGCGGCGCCUCGGCCCGGGUACAAGCCGCCGCCACCCAACGGGUGUGGAACGCCACUCUUUGGAUUCCAGUUCGACGUGGGCAUCCCCUCCAUGACCAAAUGCUGCAACCAGCACGACCGUUGCUAUGACACCUGCGGCCGAGACAAGCACGACUGUGACGAGCAGUUCCAGGAGUGCCUGGAGACCAUUUGCAGGAACGUGCAGAGGACUCUGGGAUUGGCCCAAAGUGUCCAAGCGUGCGAGUCUGCUGUAACACUGCUGUUUGAUGCCGUGAUGCAUUUGGGAUGCAAACCUUACCUGGACAGCCAGCGGGACUCUUGCAUGUGUCAGUACGAGGUGAAGAAGGAGCUGUGAUAACAAGCAAGUGUGGAUGAAAUUGGGACAAAUCCCUGAUAUGUUUUGUUUUUUUUCCUCAGGGAUACUAGAGUCACAUGUUUUCUAAGACGCAGGACUUUAUGAAUAUUCUUAGCCUCGAUUAAUAGCCUGUAAAUAAUUUCAUAUGCAUUUAUUAAUUUAUUGUCUUUUCACUGUUUAAUAGGCUGGUCCAACUGGUGGGUGAACCACACAUUUAAACAUUUUAGACGUUAAAAGCAAGGCUGCACCACUUGUUAAAACCUGGAACCUUGGCAAUAAUAGAUUUUUGCAAAAAUAUUUUCUUAACUGAAUGUUGUUUGAUGAAAAAAAAGCCAUUUUGGGUGUAAUUUGAACCCUAUUUGAAAUGAAUGCUGCAAUAGCAGAAAUAGUGUCUGCUUGAUUUCUAAAUGCAAAGCAAGUUUUCCAUCUGUUUGUUGAAAUAUAAAAUGAUAACAAUUCAAUGAAGGGCUAAAGUGUUUACCAGUUAGUAGCACCACCUUGAAGGCAGCCGUAACUGCAAACUGGGCCUACAAUUAAAAUGAGGGCAACUGAUGUCAUUCUAGAAAAUUAUGAACUGAGACAAAAUAUUGAAAUUAUUUUAUUUAUGAUGUUAUAAUCAGUUAGGAAAAAAUGCACAAUUGAAGUAAGGAAACUGUUUCUUGCCAAAACCUGCAUUGAAAUGUCAUUAAAAUAAAC